GAAACGCGCUAAAUCUUUGCGAGCGCAGUAAUCGAGAGACUCUUGUAUAUCUUGAGGGGUAGCGCGAGAAAUGGCAGGGCACGUCCGUAAAUGGAACCACGUGCGAGCAGUCGAUGCCAAAGGGAAGUAUAGGAUUUUCCUGCAGUUUUUGACGACGCGGUGUUGAAGUUGGAACUAACCGAUUAGGCAGGUGUGUGGCACGUACGGAGCAUGUAAGACAAUGCGGUGGUGUGGUGGUCCUUGCGAUCUCCUGCGGCGCAAGAUUUUUGUCCUGCUUGUUCUGAUCGGCUGCACCGAUGGCUAUUUUAAUAUAUUCAUCAGCCAUUCUCAGGUCAUGAAGCUUUUAGGACUCGAGGCCGAGUUGUACUACGUUCGGGAGGGGGUGGUCAACACGUACGCGAUGAAUUUCGUCGUACCUGUGCCAGCGAACAUAGCGGACCUAGAAUUUUCAUGGCAGAGCCUCGUAGGACAUCCGCACAAUCAAGUGUCUAGUCCUACAUAA